AUGACAGGAACAGUUUCAGAUCAAGUUCUCUUCCGCAAUUGUUCAAUGUUGAAAAAAAUGGACUUGUCUUAUAGUGGGUUGAAUAUACACAUUGACUCGGCACCUUGGAUUCCGCCUUUUCAGCUCUGGACCUUGAAUUUUAGGGGAUGUAAAAUUGGAGGCCCAAUUCCUAGCUGGAUUUCAACUCAAUUUGAGCUUGAAGAUGUGGACCUAUCAGACGCCAAUCUUGUGGAUGAUAUUCCAUCUUGGCUAUGGGAAUUUUCAUCGGCAUUAAAGAGUUUGAACCUGUUAAAUAAUCAUUUGGAGGGUCCUGUCCCUGUUUCUUCGAUCCCACUUACUCUCCGGGUGUUGGAUCUGUCUGUAAAUGAACUGAAUGGCCCCUUAUUGUUAGAUAUUCAGCAUGAUGUAUUUGUGGAGGUUCUUUUACUUGCAGACAACAAGAUCCAAGGACCAAUACCAGUGUCACUAGGGAUUAUGACAGAUGUGGUUCUUUUAGAUUUGUCAAAAAAUCAGCUGAGAGGCAAUAUCCCUGUAACUCUGGGCGAUUUGCAAUCUCUUGAGGUGCUCCAUUUGGAGAACAACCAAUUAACUGGAGAGAUUCCUGCCAGCCUGACCAAUCUCGGGCGACUUGUAGUGCUCAACCUGGGCAGUAAUGAACUGGAGGGUGAGAUUCCUAAGGAGCUUGGAAAGUUAGCAGGACUCACGUCUGUCCAUCUUGAAAAGAACAAUCUGCAAGGACUCCUUCCUCUGUCUUUAGCACAACUUUCACAUCUGCAGGUGCUUGACGUAGGAGGAAACAAUUUGACAGGAAACGUUCCAGCUUGGAUUGCUAACUGUUCAAGACUACAAGUUCUUAUGAUGAGAUCAAACAAUUUCAAAGGCAAACUACCUCCACAGAUCGGCAAAAUGCCCCGGCUUAGGCUCCUGGACCUUUCUUCUAAUCUUUUGUUUGGGGAAAUCCCAGAUACCUACUUCAGUUUUUCAGCCAUGGCCUAUGGAGUGGAUAAUAUAUCCGUGCUUGGAGAAGACCGUCGGGAUCGCUACUUCAUUUCCGAUGCAUUGGUUUGGUUAACCACGGUGUUUGGAGAGAAUAGAGGCGGAAAAUACUAUAUAGAGGGCUUAGAUCUAAUUAUUAAGGGAUCAGAAUGGCAUUACGGUCGUGUCUUAUCUGGCAUGACUUGCAUUGAUUUGUCAAACAACAGAUUAUGGGGCCAUCUUUCAGCAGAAAUUGGAAAUCUAAAAGGCUUGAUGUUUCUAAAUCUCUCUAGGAACAGUUUCAAUGGGGACAUUCCAGGUAGCAUGGGCAAUCUCAGGGUGAUACCGCAGCAAGGUCGUCAUAUGAUAACAUUUGAUAAAUCAGUAUAUUUAGGAAAUACAAAUCUGCGGGGAUGCCCUGUGGAAUGCUGGAAGUGUUGUCCUAUUCAUUCAUCACUCUCUCCUCCCAUCAUUGAUGUCCACGAAGAGACAAAGCAAGGGUUUUCAUGGUAUGAUGUGAGUAUUGGAUGGUCAAUUGCAGCAGGAUUUUCUGCGGUGUUGUUGGUGCUCACUUUCAAAGUGAAUUGGAGAAAGAAGAGCUUUGAUCAUAUGGACAGAGUUAUAACAUUUCUGCUGGGCGUUAAAUAUAUAUCAUUUUACUUACGUCUUAAAGGUCGUCAGGAGGAGCCAUUGAUGAUGUAUUUAGAUUUCAUUGAAGAGAAGAUGAAACUUGUGUUGAAUGAAAGUCAUAUUCCAUAUCAGGCUGAAGCGCUUAACCCAUCCGUGCAGUCACAAGGGGAUUGGAAGGAAACCAAAAGCUUCUAUAUUGGUCCCAAAUUUUCAAAAACGAGUGGCGACCAGAAAAACAGAUUUUACGAACCUAUGGCCCUCAAACGUUUUAUUCAGUUUACGUUGACCAGAUUGGCACCGACCAACAGUUUCACUCUAGGGGUUGCUGAUAAAAUUGGCUCGGCGGUGGUUAAAGAGAUAGAAAGGUCAUCCGAUUGA